AUGUCCGCAUUGCUUCGCGUCGCGGCCCGCCGACCUCUCAGCGCGUCGCUGGCGCCCGCUACUGCGUCGCACCUCAAUGGUGUUAUUUCCGCGCACCCAUUGACUCUCCAGUACCGCGAGAUAUCGCAGAGCCGCGUUCUACAGAAGCGCAAGGGCGGCGCGUCAGCUUUUGUCGUCAAAACCUCGAGCUGGAACCGCAGCAAAGGCAACAAGAGCCAUAACGCGCUUAACACCAAACAGAAGCUCAAGAAGGACACAGCACCUCACCGCACGCACCUCGAGCGCAUGCGUGACCUCAAGAGUGCACAGCGCAUCAACGAGCGCAACGCCAAGGAGUGGGCGGCACUAGAGCGCAACGACGAGCUCAACCGCGAGCUGGACGACGUUUUCGAGUACCUGAACACGUCAGGCCCAAUGGGCGACUACACGUAUGAGCCGGAGCCGAGUCUCGAGGACGUCGACCACCUAGAUGCGCUUAACAAGCUUAACUCCAUUGCCCGCGCCGACCCCGACAUCAUGAAAGAAUUGAAGGGGAUGGGCAAGUGCAACACGAACUCGGAGUCAACGACUACAAUUUCCUGCUCAGAGUGUAUGCGGUCAAAGGCCUACACAAGGAAGCCAAUGCCUUGUUGA